AUGAAGGGGACGACGCUUUCGUUCUUCUUUGUCGCCGUCGUCGUACUGGCGAGCCUGGACUUCGCUUCAGCCGCAACGUUCUCGCUGUGGAACCAAACCGACUUCGACAACUGCGUGAAGCUCCAGGCGUCGGUCUACGACUACAGGAUGUACUGGUCUAUUGUCGGUGACAACAUUGAGAUCGGCCUGGCCGCCAAGGUCAAUGGCUGGAUGGGCGUGGGCAUCUCGACCGAUGGGUCCAUGGACAGCAGCGGAAACGGUUCGGACGUAUGGGUCGGCUGGAUCGGGGGCGACAUCGGUGCCUGCGCGGGUCCUGGCGGUUGUGUGCUUGACUACCGGGCCACGGCCCUUCAGCAACCCAUACGAGACGCAACAAGUCAUCUGUUGAACCGGUCCUUUGGCUCCAUCGAUGGCUACAAGUGGGUCAAGUUCCAACGUCUCCUCGUGACCAAUGACUCCCAGGACCGCGACAUCACCCCCGAUGAGCCGCAGUAUGUCAUCCACGCCCUCGGCAACUCGCUGCCGACAGACAUCGAUACAUUCGAGAUGCACAUCGCGGGGACCAACUACCCCACGUACAUCCAGUUCGGCCAAUCACAAUGGGCGUGCAACGACUCCGCUCCCACGCCCGCGGGUCCAACGGUCAACUUUUACGAGAAUCCGACAAAGACCUGGCGGCUCAACUGGACACUGAUCGACGACGGAGACUCGAUCGAGUUCAACGUGUCGGCUCGCACUAGUUCGUGGUGGGCGCUCGGCAUCAACAACAACGAGAACAUGGUGGGAGCGGACAUCAUGUGGUGCUCCUUCAACGGCGGCACUGGCGUCGUGGUCGACCGGAAGGCGACGGCACACGAAACGCCCGGGAGUGAUGCGGUGCAAAACGUCGAACUCGUCUCCGCUGAGAGUGUGAAUGGAUGGUCCACAUGCCAGCUCCGGCGCAAGCUGAACACGGGCGACGCGCAGGGCGACAAUGUGAUCGGUGGCAGCUUCCAGAAACUGCUGUGGGCCUAUGACGCGCCAUCGGGGAAGCGUUCCCUGGUCGAGCGCGACUGCCCUGACUUCUGUCAACACGCCUCCAACACGAAAGGACUGGCGACGGUCGACUUCCUUACAGGGGCCACGGCCGGCGUUUCCACCGACGACAAGCGCAAGGCGCACGGCAUCCUCAUGCUCUUCGCCUGGGGCCUGCUCGCCGUGGCCGGCGCUUUCAUCGCAAGGUAUUGCAAGACGCCGCAGGGCAAGUGGGUGCUGUACGGCUAUGUGUGGGUGCACCUGCACGGCUUCCUCGGCAUCCUCACCUUUGUCGUCAACCUCAUCGCCUUCGCCCUCAUCGUGAGCUGGGUCAGCGACCGGGACAUCGACCACUUCAAAGGAGCGCAUGAGAUCAUCGGCAUCAUCGUGUUCAUCUGCGCCUUCUUUUUGCCGCUCGUUGGAGUCAUCGCGGAGCUGUUCCUCAAGAAAUACCGCGACCCCAACUGGGUGGGCUACCUGAUCGGACUGACGCACGCGUGGUUCGGCAAGGCGCUCGUGCUGCUGGGCCUGGUCGAGAUCUACCUGGGCCUUGCUCUCUACUGCGUUCCUACCUACGUCAUGGUGACGUACGGUGUGAGCAUUGCGUGCAUGAUCGCGCUGUUCCUGGCCCACGAGGUGCUGCGGUGGUUCGCGCCGUGGGGCUCGUGGCUCGGCGGGCCGGGCUUCACCUACCAGCGCGUCGACGACGACAACGGCAGCACGGAGAUGAAGGACUUCUCGCCGGAGAACAAGAUCCCCUGGAUGAACAAGCGAGCGCCCGUGCAACCGCCACUGGUGGUGAAGAUCUGCCUGUGGGUCGUGCAGGUGGGCUUGGCGGUGGCCAUCAUCGGCCUCUGGAUCGCCACCGCCGUCGGCAUUGGCGAGAAGGACAUCAACGACCCGAACGACAGCUACGAUUCGACAUGCGCCAUCGGCACCAAGUUCCAGUAG